GUUGAAAGCUGGACGGAGCUAUAAUUCCGCCGUGAGAAGGUAAAUAUAAUGGUAGUCCGUGCAAUAUUGAACAGCUAUACUUGUAGCAGAAGAUAAGAGAGACUGGUGACACUGUCAUUCAUGAAAUAUGGUUCUAAUUCGGGGCAGCUGUGAAAUAGCUACCCGGAGCAGCUCCACUGUUUGCACUGAUAAAACGUCAACUAGCUAGCUGACGUUGGCUAGCUUGAUACUUUUUCAGACGUGAGUACGGCUAGCUAGCCAACAAAUUCGUAUUUAUAACCAGAUAAAUGUCAUUUGGAUGGAAAUAUAGCAAUUAAAGAAGGCAACUCGCAGUCUAAGCGAAACCAGACUGUUGCAGUCUUCUUUUGGAUUUAUCACGGAUAUCGUUUUUUCAAAGAAUGGCUUCAGUUUUAAGCUGUUUCAGCGGUCCCGAAGAGUUGGAGGAUAUUAACCACGCCAGAAGUUUACUAAAAGAGCUCAAGUUCUUCUACGAUUCAAAAUUGCUUGUGGACGUUACCAUCGAAGUGGACCCGGACGGUCCGUCACAUCAGCAGAACGCAGUGCCAGGAAAGAGCAACUUUUGCACAGACGUGAGCGGAAAGGUCUUCCCAUGUAACCGUAAUAUACUUGCGGCAGCCAGCCCCUACUUCAAGAGCAUGUUCACCGGAGGGCUCUAUGAAAGCAAGCAACAGAAAGUAACGAUACACGACGUGGACGCGGAUUCGAUGUCCCUAAUUAUUGACUACUGCUAUACUGGCAAAGUGCACAUAACGGAGGCCAACGUGCAGAGGCUUUACUCCGCAGCCAACAUGUUGCAGUUGGAAUACGUCAGGUACGCAUGCUCUAAUUUUAUGACCAGGAGGCUGGAUGUCUCAAACUGUAUGGCGAUUUUGAAAUUCGCAGACACGUUUGACAAUCACGACUUAAAAAGCGAGGCCCAGGGCUUCAUCGCCAGAAACUUUCUGCAGCUGGUCAAGACGGGCAGGGAGCUGUGCGAGCUGGACUUGACCCAAAUCAGAGAGAUCCUGUCGCUGGACACCUUGGACGUUGACUGCGAGAGCAAAGUGUGCUCAGCUGCGAUCCAGUGGAUUGAGGCCAACCGGCAGACAGAGGAUACCGCGGCGGUGCUGAAAUGUGUGCGGUGGCACCUUUUCACGGAGAAGGACGCGGUUUACCUGGAAGGGCUUAAGUCCAAGCCGUUUGUCAAGUGCCACCUCGUGGAUUUCGUGGCCGUGGCCGGGGUCGGGGUCGGACGCGGCGGAGAAAAUGGCGGGAUGGAGUGGAAUCAGCCGGCCCCCUCGCAGGCGCCGGCGCACAGGAUCGGGAGAAGUGCCAAAGAGAUGAUCCUCUUCUUCGGGAGACCCAACGAGCCCUUCAUGUGCUACGACCCGUACACGGAGGACGUCCGUUCCAUGGCGUCGCCUUUAAUCAACCUCAGCAACCUGAGCUUCAAGAGGUCCAUAAUGGAGACCUUUUCCGUCUGCGUGUCCCCGGAGAACGACCUCUACCUGGCCUCCCAGCUGUCCAAGCAGUUCUGGGUGUACAACCCCGUCCUGAACUGCUGGCAGGAGCUGGCGGAGAGGCUGAUCGGUCGCGUUCACUCGGACAUCGGCUACCUCAACGGGCACCUGUACAUGCUGGGGGGCCGCGACCCGGUCACGGACGCCAGGCUGAAGGACGUGGAGUGCUACAGCAUCCAGCGCAACCAGUGGAGGCUGGUGUCGCCCCUGCCCCACUCGCUGGGCAAGAUGCAGAUCGCCGCCAUGAACGAGCGCCUCUACGUGGUGAACAAGCGGCGCAUGCUGUGCUACGAGCCGCAGCGGAACCGCUGGCUGCACAGCGCGUCGCUGAAGCACGGCAAGCUGCACAAGGCCUGCGUGUUCCAGGAGCAGAUCUUCUGCCUGUGCGACAUCCCCGUGGUGAAGGUGUACAGCCCCGCCCGGGGCGAGUGGCGGCGCAUCGGCGACAUCCCCGUCGACAGCAACGCGCUCAACUACCAGGUGGUGCAGCACCGCGACAAGCUACUGCUGCUCACCGUGUCGCUGGCGCGGCAGAACAAGAACCGGGUCAUCGUCCACGAGUACGACCCCGGCCGCGACUGCUGGCGGAACGUGUCGUCCAUGCUGGGGUCGUCCUUCGGCUACAUGAGCCUGUCGGCGCGGCUCUACCCGUCCCGCCUGGGCUCCGGGCAGAACUUCUUCGCCGAGGAGGACGACGACAGCGGCUCCAGCGCCGACUGGGACCUCGACGGGCUGACCGACGCGGACUCGGAUUCCGGGAGCUCCAGCUCGUUCUCGGACGAGAACUGGUAGCACUGGGAGGAACUGGUCCCCUGCUGGAAGCACUUCUGCUUCCACGAUGUUUCGUAAAGAUGUGGUCGCAAGCAGUUGUUUUUAUUUAAUUUUUUUUUUUCUUCAUUAAGCAGUUAUUUGUUUUGCCAAGAUAAGUGUACUCAAGCAGCACUUCAUUAAUAUAUAAUUUUAUUUGUAGUAUGAUUGUGCUAAAAAUACGUUGUGUUUGUCAGUAUUUGAAAUUAAUUUUUCCUUCCAAGUGCACUGACAGUUUUUUUUACACCGUACACAUCAAGGAGCUGAAAGCUAAAAGAUGUGUGAUGGUGUCAGGAUCAUAGAAUACCAAGAAGCCAUUGGUUACUGAAUGUUAUGCAUAUUUUCAGGACUUUAGGGUCAUAUUUGUUAUUUGUGAAUGACUUGUUUCAGGUUUCAGAAGUUGGUCUGAAGACAUUGCCAAAAUGAUGUUGUUCAUCAUAUAUUCACCAUUUGUCUCAAAAGAAUCUACCUUGGGUGCAGAGAGAGCGAAACAAUACUGAAUAUCUUUAAAAGAGGAACGCACACUGAAAAAAGGGCUAUGAAUUCCCAGACUGGAUGGGACUCGUUGCAAGUGUAUUUUCACAGAGUAUUAUAGUUCAUACUGUGCAUCAGUACAGCAAGCCAUUGUUUUUUUUACGUUUCAUAUAGAAGCUAGGAUUAGGUUAACCUUUUCCACAGUUUAGACUUAGACUUAGCUUUUAAACGGAACCAGGAGAAAUUAACACAUUAUUUAUGGCACAAAAUGCCCUGAAUGAAUAAACCUGUUCUGAAGAAA